AUGUAUCUUUUGACUGAAAUUGCAGUAACUACCUGGAAAUGUGAAGAAGGGUGUCUUCGAGAAUCCCUAGUCAAAGGAAAAAUAUUGGUUUGCAAUUCCACGGAUUCACUUGAAGCUCUUGCAAAUAGACCUGUUGCAAGCAUAACUAUCAACCGUACACCAAACGUUGCCUUCGUCACUUCUUUGCCCCUCUCUGCUUUGUCACAAGAAGACUUAAACUCUCUUGUUUCUUACAUUAAGUCCGAAAGUUCGCCAGUGGCUACUGUUCUAAGAACUGAGGAAAGUUUUAGUCAGAAAGCUCCAGUCAUUGCUGCAUUCUCUUCUCGUGGUCCAAACACCAUCGCAACUGAUAUUCUAAAGCCGGAUAUAUCAGCACCAGGAGUUGAGAUCCUCGCUGCAUUUUCACCUGAGAUUUCUCCAUCCUCAAGUGUAUAUGACACAAGACGUGUGAAAAAUGUGAAAACAAACACAAAAUUGGUCAAAAAUAAGUGUGAGGACCCAUCAAAGUAG